AUGAUGUCAUACCUCAAGCAAGGCCCGUACGGCAUGAAUGGCCUGGGUCUCGGAGGCUCCAUGGACCUCCUGCAUCCGUCUGUGUACCCGGCCCAUCCGCGGAAACAGCGCCGGGAGAGAACUACUUUUACGCGCACGCAGCUGGACAUUCUGGAGUCUCUCUUUUCCAAAACGCGUUACCCAGACAUCUUCAUGAGGGAGGAGGUGGCGCUGAAAAUUAAUUUACCCGAGUCACGAGUACAGGUGUGGUUCAAGAACCGGCGGGCCAAGUGUCGCCAGCAGCAGCAGACCGGAACCAACUCCAAGAUCCGGCCGGCGAAGAAGAAGCCCUCGCCGUCCAGGGAGAGCCCCGGCUCGGAGAGCAGCGGCCAGUUCACCCCGCCGGCCGUGUCCAGCACCGGCUCCUCUUCCUCGUCCUCGUCCUCCUCUUCCUCCGGCUCGCACCCGUCCGGCCUCGGCGGCGUGGGACUGGGCGGCGGCGGCGGCGUGUCCUCCGUGACCUCCGGUGCCACCCCGGUGUCGGCCAUCUGGAGCCCGGCGCCCAUCUCGCCGCUCCCGGCGCCGCCCUCCGUGCCGGACGCCGCGCCGCCCACCAGCGCGUCCUGCAUGCAGAGGCCCGUGUCCGGCCCGGGCUCGUCCAGCGGAGGAGGAGGAGGAGGAGGAGGAGGGGGGGGCACCCCCGCCUACCCGGUGUCCUACAGCCAGAGCCCCGCCUACAGCCAGGGCUACUCCGCCGCCGCAGCGGCCGCCGCCGGGUCCUACUUCGGGGGCAUGGACCCCAGCUCGUACCUGGCGCCCAUGCACUCCCACCACCACCCGCACACGGCCCACCACGCCCACCACCACGCCGGCGCGCACCCCCAGCUGGGCUCCAUGUCCGGCUCCGGGAUGUCCGGCCACCACCACCCGCACCACCACAUAGGGCAGAGCGCCGGCCACCCCCACCACGCGCACCACGCUCACCACGCGCACCACCACCAGGGCUACGGCGGCGGCGGCGGCGGCGGCGGCAGCGGCCUCGGGUUCGGCUCCACGGACUGUUUGGACUACAAGGAGCAGACGUCGACGAGCGCCGCCGCCGCUGCCGCAGCUGCUGCCGCCGCGGCCGCCGCGUCGUCAUGGAAACUGAACUUCAGCUCGCCCGCGGACUGCUUGGACUACAAGGACCAAGCGUGGAGAUUUCAGGUGCUGUGAGGAGGGGAGACGUGGAGGACUUGAGGAACGUCGACGGGACAGAACGUCGUUUGUUAUGAGUGACAGAGAGAGAGAGAGAGAGAGACAUAGAGACAGAGUGUGACAGAGAGGAGAAGAAGAAGAAGAGGAAGACGACGACGAAGGAGAAGAAGAGAUGAAAGGAGAAAAAAAUGUUUAUGGUGUUCGUUCACUAAAGUAUUAUGGUAGAAAGAAGUAAACCGUAUCUGGAUCGCACCGCUCUCCCCCCUCCCCCCUCUUUAUUUUAUUUUCAAAUCGGAAACUUUUAAAUAACAAAAUGUGAAAAAGUUCAAUUCAUUCUUCCAUCGGCCAGUUCCUGUAAGACACAAAGCCUACUCCGAAAUAUCCUUAACAUACUGGCUCCAAGCAAAACAUUGCAAUGGAUUAUUUCGAAUGGAGGCCAAUGAAUGAAUACCAACACGGAAUAUACCAGUAACCUAUCAGUAAAUUCAAACACUUUUUUAAAGGAAACGAAGAAAAAAAAUCGAAUAAUUAUGUGUUUCUCCGUCCUCCGUGUUGUGUGACUCAUCAGUUAGACAAGGAGUUUUCUUGCCCAUGGCCAUUUUUAAUCUCUUAAAUCAAUAGCUCAAGAUGCUGCAGAUGUUCGUAUGUAGGCCUUAUGUAAUGAAAUUUAAGUUCUGUCAGCUUCCACUUAAACAAAAAAAAAAAACACCGAACAUCCAAACCGAUGUGGUAACUGUUUUCAUUUCCUGGGACUAAAGUAAAAAUCGCAGCACUUGAGGUUCUUGUCAAUGAAGUGAAUGGUUCCGUGCUUCUGUCUGCGAGAGGAUAAUGUGAAUAUGAGAUGCAAUGAGAUCUACCCUGUAAAAUGUUGAAAUGUUUGAGGCGGACGCCUUGGCAUUCAUAUUUGUUUUUGUUUUUUAAAUAAAAU